GCGAGGGAGGGAGCGAGGGAAGGGAAGGCGAGCGUGAGCUGCCUCAAAUGCUUGGAAUAAUUCCGCUUCCGUUUGGAAAGCCGCAGCCUCAGUCCCGCCGCCGCCCGCCGCGUCCGCCCAGCGCCCGCUCCGCCUUGCCACCGGCCCGCGGCUGCCCGCGCCGCUGCCAUGGCCACCUCCCCGCAGAAGUCGCCUUCAGUCCCCAAGUCCCCCACUCCCAAGUCACCCCCUUCCCGCAAGAAAGAUGAUUCCUUCUUGGGGAAACUCGGAGGAACUCUGGCCCGGAGGAAGAAAGCCAAGGAGGUGUCCGAGCUUCAGGAAGAGGGAAUGAACGCCAUCAACCUGCCCCUGAGCCCAAUCCCCUUCGAGCUGGACCCCGAGGACACGAUGCUGGAGGAGAAUGAAGUACGAACGAUGGUGGAUCCAAACUCACGCAGCGACCCCAAACUGCAAGAACUGAUGAAGGUAUUAAUUGACUGGAUUAAUGACGUGUUGGUUGGAGAAAGAAUCAUCGUGAAGGAUCUGGCUGAGGAUUUAUAUGAUGGACAAGUCCUGCAGAAGCUUUUUGAGAAGCUUGAGAGCGAGAAGCUGAAUGUUGCUGAGGUCACCCAGUCAGAGAUUGCUCAGAAGCAAAAACUACAGACGGUCCUGGAGAAGAUUAAUGAAACCCUGAAGCUUCCUCCCAGGAGCAUCAAGUGGAACGUGGACUCUGUUCAUGCCAAGAGCCUGGUGGCCAUCCUACAUCUGCUGGUUGCUCUGUCUCAGUAUUUCCGGGCACCCAUCCGACUCCCAGACCAUGUUUCUAUCCAAGUGGUUGUGGUCCAGAAACGAGAAGGAAUCCUCCAGUCUCGGCAAAUCCAAGAAGAAAUAACUGGUAACACAGAGGCUCUAUCCGGGAGGCAUGAGCGUGAUGCCUUUGACACCUUGUUUGACCACGCCCCAGACAAACUCAACGUGGUGAAAAAGACGCUCAUCACCUUCGUGAACAAGCACCUGAAUAAGCUGAAUCUGGAGGUCACAGAACUGGAAACCCAGUUUGCAGAUGGGGUGUACCUGGUGCUACUCAUGGGCCUCCUCGAGGGCUACUUUGUGCCCCUGCACAGCUUCUUCCUGACCCCAGACAGCUUUGAGCAGAAGGUCUUAAAUGUCUCCUUUGCCUUUGAGCUCAUGCAAGACGGAGGGCUGGAAAAGCCAAAGCCACGGCCAGAAGACAUCGUCAACUGUGACCUAAAAUCCACACUGCGAGUUCUGUACAACCUCUUCACCAAGUACCGGAACGUGGAGUGAGGAGCCGCCAGGAAGUUCGUGCUGUCAGCACACUGUACCACCCUCCAAACUGCCUUUACCUGCUUACCCCUGUCUCUCGCUCUGUGCUCUCCCACAAGUCCAGCUCUAACCCAGAGAUAGUGGGAAUUGAAAUUAGGAAGGAAAUGAUCCCCAACUCAGUGAGCUGACCCACGCUUCCCAGACCCUGGGGACUGACCUGACAAUGAUGGUUGAAAAGGUUGUCCCCAUCCUGGUGCCAGGUCCAAAUUUCCCACUGUGUUUUGAGAACUAGUUUAGGCAAAAGAGUUACCAGAAGAUGAAAAUUAAGAUCACACUUACUAUAGAAUAGGUAUAAGCUAUGUGCCCGGCACCGCAAGACACUCUCUGAUAUACAAAGCUCAUAAAGUCUCACGACUCCCUUGGAAGUAGGUGUUAUAAUACCCUUUUACUGAUGAAGUAGUUAAGACUCAGGGGUUGAGUGACUCGCCAGAAGCUGGCAUUUUUUUCCUCUUUGAAUGACAUAUUUAUUAAGAACUAGGUAAUUACAUCAUAUUCUUUGCACAUUCUAAAAUUUUGUAUGUACACGCACACUAGUGUACAUACACAUCUGAGUCAAAAAAGACCUGAAUCCACUGAUGUCAACACUGAGGAAGGCCAGGUCGGGACUCAGUGAUUCACUUUGAAAUUGACAGAUUGAAUUUAACCCAGUUAAUAGUGUGUGUGUGGCAGAGUCAUGCCCCUCAAAUCCUUUGUGCAAAUCAAAAUUACUUUUAAUUCCUUCAGAUUUGUAAUAACCCCAUACUCUGGUUUCAGGGUGACAUUUGGGAAGGAUUCUGUUUAGAAUUAAUGGAGUGGCACAUUUCGCAGCCUUUUUGCUUGAUUGCAUGUAAUGGAAAUGCCCUAUAUUUUCCUGCAAAAUAAGUACUAAAUUCAUUAUCGUUAAGCAAAUGUACAAUAUACUCAGGUCCCGCAGAGAGCUGGGCACAAGCCCAUGUGAGCAUCACUUGGGAAGUAGGGCUCUUCAACAGGGACCCUUGAACUUUAAAGAAAGGAACUCCUUUCUGCCUUCUAAUUGAUCAUUUAGACUAUUCUGGCUAAGUCUGCCCACAUGCAAUUACCAGCUAAUUCAGGAGAGGAAAAAUGCAAGUCAUUUAGACCAAAGCCGAGCAGCUUCCUUGCGUGGGUUACUGAAGGGCUUGUGGUUACUUGUAUCUCAUCUGUGUGAACCCAACUUUGGACUACAAAAUUCUAGUUUGCCAGGCUUCUAGGUGGGAGCAGGGGGAUGAAAAGCAUGGAGAAAAUAUUUGCACGCUUACCAUACAGAGAAAUAUCCUCCGAGACAGAAGUGGGGCUGGUGGUAUGUAACAUACGUACCUUUCAACUGACCAAGGUUUGGGGGUAAAUGACAACUUGUGCUGAUACUAAGUCUUCAAUAUAGGACUUCCAUAACUAUGCCAGAGAGACACCAGCCUGCGGCCUGUGUAUCCCUGUCCACAAGUUUGUGACUACCGUGUCACUACUUUAAGCCCGUUGCACAAAGCGCAUCUCGAGUUUUGGAAUUCAUUUUGAUCUGUAUCUACACACCCAAAGUCAGGCCUCCCAUAGUAUCCAAAACAUUCCUUUCAGCCUUCUCUUCAUUUCUUACUGGACUAUCUAUCCGGGGUAACCCAAAACCCGUAGAAUUUAGAGCCACUACAUAUUUCUCUGGAUAAUUUGCUCUUAGAAUUGUUCGCAUAAUGAGCAUUUGAGAUACAAAGGCAAAUUGUAAAAGAAUACAAUUUCUUUUUACGUAAUUUGUGAAAUAUUAUAUUUUUUUCUUAGGAAAUGCUUAAAUAAUACAAUAUUUCUGUUGCUGUCUUUUAAAUUCCUGGUAGCAACUCAAGAUAAACAAUUGCUUUGUCUCCUCGAGCAGUACUGCAGCAGGAUGAAGUAAGGGGAACGCGUUCAUUUAAACAUGCUUUGCUAUACAAA